AUGGAUGAGGGUGUCUACGCAGAUGAUGACAAGAUGUCCGUCAUCCAGAAUGCAAAGUUCCCGAAGGAUGCCCAAGGAAUGCAGUGCUUCCUCAGCAUGGUGACCUAUCUGGCACCAUAUUUCCCAGAUGUAGCUAAAUACACUGGGCUGUUGUCCUUGUUGACACACCAAAAUAGGAGUUAUGAUGUAACUCCUAUGCAUGAAACUUGUUUCAAGAAGAUUCUUUUCCUGGCUACAGACUACCUGGUGCUGAAGCCUAUCAAUCCCAAAAAUGGGAUCCCCAUCUUUGUCAUAGUAGAUGCAUCCACCAGCAGGUUUUCCGACAUUAUCAAUGAACAACCUCAGGAUGAGCAAGCCAUUGUAGAGGUGGACAUGGAGGACAGCAUCGUCGACCAGCUCAUCAAGCUCAAAGACCUACCCAAGAAGGAGAAGAAGGAAUGUGUCCUGCAAGUGCAAUUUGGUUGA